ACGACUGAAUAGGAUCAUCAGAAGUUGUUGCAUGCUCAGCUACAAAUAUUAAAGACGCUGCUUUGACUGAAGGGAACCAGAGCUGAAUCCCUUUUUUUCUGACCUUAAGAUGAAAAAGUGGAAGAUUCAGCUGGUCGUGAUGACUUUCUGUGUGCUCGUGCAAACUUCUAAAGGAUGGACUAGUGCUAACGAAGAGGAGCGGCAGCUGUCCACACACUGGCAGGACGAGUCUGUCAACAAACGUCUGAUCAGCCCUCUAGAAACUCUGAUGAAAAGAUCGAAAGCUCUUCGCUUCUAUGGGCUGAUGGGAAGAAGAGCAGAGCCAAAGAUACAAUUUCAAGCAAAAAAGAGAAAUAAAGGGGAGGCAUUUGUGGGCCUGAUGGGAAGAAGUGUUUCCAGUGAAGAGCCGCUUAAUGCAGUGAUUCCUUAUGUAACAACCGAGGAGAUCCACGAUCCAGAGAAACCGUCCAAGCAAGGUAUGAUUGCAGCUGUACAAAAACCUGAGGUUGUGUUACUUUGACUUUAGCAAAUUCAAAAAUCUCAUUUUUUUUAUGUUAUUUAUUUGGCAGGUCCCCUAAAGGAAUGGAUACACAUCUCAUACUAAUUAGGCUUAAAGGGAAAAACAAAACAUCUAUACGUUUACACCAGCCAAAGACUAUAAAAAAUAUUUUUAGUAAAAAAUUUAACCCUGCUUCUUUUUUUCUUUUUUUUUUUUUUUGAUCAUGCCAAAACAGGAAUAACCAUCUUCAUGAUGCACAACAUUUGAAAGAAAUAAAAAAAAGAAACCUG